AUGUCCAACCAGGAGUACUGGGACAAUCAAGGUCCUAGUGACCAGUACGGCUACGGGGACAAUCGUCAACGAGGCUAUCAUCAGCAACAAUGGCCACCUCCUUCUGGCCCAACUCACGGCCAUGGCGAUCAGUCCUACCAUCAAGGCUAUGAUCAGGACAGGCCAUACGGGUAUGGCUCCCCUGCACCACCACCACCACCACCCCCGGGCCUGGGCUACCAGCAACCCUACGGCUAUCCACCAGACCAUCAAGGCUCUCAUGAUCAAUAUCAAUAUCGUCACAGCCCAAAUCCAAAUCCAUACUCCUCCCCUCCACCUCCGUCGGACCACUCCUAUCAUCAGGCCGACUAUCCAUCCCAACCCCCAAGCUAUGGUGGUUACAAUGACCAAGCCCCACCCCACAUCCAACGUACUCACUCACCAGAUCCCCAUAUGUCCCAAUAUGAAAAAUUCACUCCACCCCCCGGCCCAGGAUGCCCUCCUCCCCCAGGAUCGGUCCCAGGUGCCGGGCCCAUGGAGCCUAAUGACCCCAAUGCGCAAGACCGAGGCCUCAUGGGCGCUCUGGCCGGUGGCGCCCUCGGCGCCUACGGCGGACACAAAGUCCACCACGGCUUCCUGGGGACUGUAGCGGGGGCCAUCGCCGGCUCCGUGACCGAAGACGCCUACAAAAAGCACCAAAAGGAGAAAAAGAACAAGCUCAGUAAGCCCCCACGCCCAGCUGGUCUGCGUCGAGAUUCUUCUUCCUCUUCCUCUUCCUCUUCUUCGUCGUCCAGCGAUUCCUCGGACGGCGAGAAGAAAAAGAAGAAGAAACACGAUUGGGCUGUCCCUGCUGCAGCAGGGGCUGGCGUAGGCGCUUACGGCAUGCACCAGUAUCAACAGCAUCACGGUGGCGGUCGUGGUCCACCUCUGCAUGCGAUGCGCGGCAACUUUUCGUCCUCUUCGAACAACAUCACGCUAGACCGGGACUACGAUCUGAUCGCCUCCUGUGCCAACGUGCGCGGCCAACAUAAGUUGUCUUCUUUGUCGCUGAACAGCUGCCUGUCCAAUCAGCACGGACACUUUGCCUGGAUGCGCGGCGGGAAUUUUGGCGCCAGCGCACGGAACGUACGGUUGUUGGAAAAUGGGAAGGUGUUGGAAGCGGAGUUAGGCACCGGUGAUGGAAGGUGGAAUAGGGAUUAUGUUCGGCUCGAUGAGCGGGUAGGCAAUAGUGAUGGCGAGUUGGUGUUUUUGGACCCCUGA